AUGUCUACCCAAACAGCUUACCGAAUCCAGGCUAUUGACGCUUCCACCUUCCGAGCUACUGGCGACAAGGACACCGCUAAUGGCCCCAAGAGCCAUAAUCCUCCUCUGAAGUUCCCUGAGUACGCCCCUGGCUGGGAUCAGUCUGAGAAGUUCGAACCUUACAAGCAGUUCAAGUUCGAAGAGCCUGGUAAGCGAGCUGACAAGACUCUGCCCAACCUCUUCGAGAAGGGUCUUCCCACCAAUGACAAAAAGUACCUUGUUCCUAGUGAGCAAUUGACUAAGUACGGCUACUCUGUUGAUGACCUCACCCCCAAGUUUGGAUCUGAGGUCCGAGGUGUACAGCUUUCCAAGCUCUCCGACAAGGCCAAGGACGAGCUUGCCUACUUCGUUGCCGAGCGAGGAGUGGUUGUCUUCCGGGACCAGGAUUUCAGAGAGCUUCCAAUCAAGGACGCCCUCAAGUAUGCAGAGCACUUUGGAAGACAGCACAUUCAUCCCACCUCCGGAUCUCCCCAGGCUUACCCCGAGGUUCACCUUAUCUUCCGAGAGGAGGGAGAUGAUAUCUACAAGGAGUACUUUUCCAGCAACCUGUCUUCUGUCGCCUGGCACUCGGAUGUCACAUACGAGAAGCAACCUCCUGGAACUACCUUCCUCGGUAUUCUCGAGAUGCCCCGAACCGGAGGAGACACUUUGUUCUCUGACAACACCGAGGCCUACAACCGACUCUCUCCUGAGUUCCAGAAGCGACUCGAGGGACUCAAGGCUGUUCAUUCUGCUCACGAGCAGGCUGACGCCUCUAUCCGACGAGGAGGUGUUGUCCGACGAGAACCUGUCCAGAACGUGCAUCCCAUUAUCCGAAAGCACCCCGCCACUGGUAAGAAGUCUAUCUUCGUGAACCCACAGUUCACCCGAAACAUUGUUGGUCUCAAGCAGGAAGAGUCUGAUCUGAUUCUCAAUUUCCUGUACGACAUAAUCGCCAAGGGAUCGGAUUUCCAUGUUCGAGCCCGAUGGGAAGAUGGAUCUGUUGUUGUCUGGGACAACCGACGAACCUCCCACACUGCCCUGCUGGACUGGUCAGAUGGAGCUCGACGACAUGCUUACCGAUACACUCCUCAGGCCGAGGUGCCUUACGAGAACGAGGAGGGUGAGAAUGAUGACUAA